AUGUUUGUCGUAGACGAGCUUAUCAGGCAUCCUGCGUUCGCAGAGCAUUCUCUGCGAGUGACAGAACCUACCCUUUGUGAUUCCUCGGUCCAGCAAUACUCGGGAUACCUCGAUAUCACUGACGGAAAGCACUUGUUCUUCUGGUUCUUUGAAUCCCGUGGAUCGCCCAAAGAUGACCCGUUAAUUCUAUGGCUCAACGGGGGUCCGGGGUGCUCUUCUUCCACUGGACUCCUCUUCGAGCUUGGCCCAUGCAGUAUCGCCAACGACGGUCUCAACACGACUCAUAACCCGCACAGUUGGAACAAGAAUGCUAACAUCAUCUUCUUGGACCAACCCGUCAACGUCGGUUACUCCUACUCCUCGGACGGCUCCACCGUCAACACAAGUCCUGUUGCCGGGCAGGACGUUUACGCCUUCCUCGAACUUUUCCUCGCUCGCUACCCCAAGUAUGCCGAUAAGCCUUUCCAUCUCGCUGCCGAGAGUUACGGUGGCACGUAUGCGCCUAAUAUCGCGUCCAUCAUCCAUAAGAAUAACAAGGAAGUUGCCCUUGCACCUACCCCGGGCUUGUUGAAGAUCAAUCUCGCGUCCAUCAUUCUAGCUAACGGCUUGACGGACCCAUACCUCCAAUUCGCUUCCGUUCCGGACUUUGCUUGCAAUGGGCCGUACGCUCCGUAUGACCCUGAUGGUCCUGAAUGCAGUGCGUUGAGGACAAAGGUCCCAACCUGCCAGCGCUUGAUCAAGUCUUGCUAUGACUUCAACUCGAGGUUCUCCUGUGUGCCGGCCGCUCUAUAUUGUUGGAGUCAGAUGUUCGGUCCCCUCCAGAACACGGGUUUGAACUUGUACGAUCUCCGGAGGAAGUGCGACCGCGCGAAGGAUGGCAACCUCUGUUACCGCGAGAUGGGCUGGGUUGAGACCUGGAUGAACGACCCGAAGAACAAGGCCGCUCUCGGCGUCAACCCGGAUAGAACCUUCGAGUCUUGCAACAUGGAAGUCAAUCAGAACUUCAUGUAUCAAGGCGACGGCAUGCACAACAGCGCGGCGCUUCUCCCUGAACUGAUCAACGAUGGUGUCCGUUUGCUCGUCUACGCUGGUAACGCCGAUGCGAUGUGCAACUACAUGGGUAACGAGGCAUGGAUGUCCGCCCUCGAGCACGACUUCCACUCUGAGUUUGCUGCGUCCGAGGCCACCAAGUGGGUAACAACGGAGACUGGUCGUGUGUCUGGUCAGGUUCGUAGCGCUGGUGGUGGAGAGUUUGGUGCUGGCAACGUGACUUUCGUUGAAGUCUUCGAGGCAGGACACAUGGUCCCCUUCGAUCAGCCCGAGGCGGCUUUGGACCUCAUAUCGAGAUGGAUCAAUGACGCCUCUCUCACCUCUCUCAAUUAG